UUUACAUUUUAGUCGGUAGUGUGGUUACCUUACUAGACACAAUUACUAGCGCUAUUAAGGAAUUUGUGCGUGAUUUGUUGAAUCAAGUAUCCAAAUUAUCAUCAAUCUUACUAGCACCGUUACUUAGUACGCUUCAACCUAUAGUUGAAGGUUUGGUUAAAGCUAUUACAGAUAUUGUUAACCAGUUAUUGAGUGGUGUCAUGAAACUAACUGUGCCUAUAAUUCAGAAUUUAAUAGAUUUAGUUAGUGGAAUAGUUACCGCAAUAACACCAAUUCUUAAUAGUAUAGUAGACUUACUUAAAUUAGUAUUGUCGACAAUUGGUGCAUUAGUCAACAAUCUUUUGGAAACAGUCCAAAAAACUGUGGAUCUAAUUAUUGACUCUUUACAAAACGUUUUGAGUGGCUUGACAAGCACCACCUCAUCCGACAGUACAACAAGUGCAUCCACCACCACCGCUGCAGAUGCAACCACUGCAGGCACAAUGAUUGAAGAAUCAACAGUUCUCCCUUCAGCUAAACGUCACCACAUCGUUCACAAGAAAUUCCACCACGCUGCUCGCAGCCACCACCACCACCAAAACUAAAAGCAACAAUAAAAGGAGCGUCGACGUUCGCUUCACGACGAUCAGACGCCUUCACCGAAAAGAUGCCGCAACAACAACACAACAUUUUACCGAAAAUAACUAAAUGAAACGUGUCGUUUAUUAUAUUCUUGUAAAUUUGUUAUAUUGUUCGUUGCCGUUUAACCUUUUCGCGUUGAAUUGCGAAUUAGAAUGUAAGCGCAUCCCAAAAGGCAAAAAAAAUAAUAAAAUUUUAAUUUCAAAUUAA